GAUGGCGGAUGCCAUAUGGGUUUCUUCUCUAUUCAGUGUAGCUUUUGCUUCCCGGCUUUUCCUAAUCUAUAGCCCCGUUAAAGAUUGGUUUACUAACCGAAUAGAGUUAUCUACACCACUAACUGCCUGGAACAGAGUUCAAGAAGGCCUUUCUCUGAUAAACCAUGGGGUUUCACCUUAUUCCGGGGAUGUUGUGCAUGAGACACCUCUAGUGUUGGCAAUAUUUCUUGGAUUGCAGCAGAUAUCAGAGGUCCUAUUUCCUCUUCUGUUUGUGGUGGGCGAUCUGCUGGUUGGAUGGCUCCUUUACAAACUUGCUAGUCUUCACUGUCAAAUACUGCUUAAAGAGCAAGCAUUGAAUCUUAAAUCUUAUGCAAAUUCUGUGGAACCAAUUCUACUCAAAGAGGAAGCUCUACACAAUGUGCCUUUACUAGUUUCAUCCAUAUAUUUGUUGAAUCCAUAUAGUAUAGGUUCCUGUGUGGCACAUUCAACUGUAGUGUUCACUAACUUGGCAGUUGGCACAGCACUUUUGUUCUCCCUCAGAGGGAAUAUUUUACUAAGUACACUUGGUGUUGCAGCCGGAACAUGUCAUUCCUUGUAUCCAGUCACACUGUUGGCACCUGUAGUCCUCACAUUAAUGAAGGUCCAUUCUUUCGAUAUUCAAUUCACAAAGAAGACCAUUGUAUUUGUUAGUCAAGUUAUUGGUUCUUUUCUUGUGUGGACAUUGCUUCUGCUUGGCAUGUCAUAUCAAGUGUUUAAAUCUUGGGAUUUCCUUCUGGCUACCCAUGGCUUUAUUUUACAGGUGUCUGAUCUCACACCUAACAUGGGUCUCUUCUGGUACUUCUUCACUGAGAUGUUUGAACAUUUUAGGAUUUUCUUUUUGUGGGUUUUUCAACUGAAUGCCUUUUUCUACUGCAUCCCUUUGACCAUCAAAUUAAGGGGCAACCCAACAUUUCUUGCCUGUAUGCUUUGUUCCGUGAUGGCUAUUAUGAAGUCUUAUCCAGCGCUGGGUGAUGCUGCUUUACCAUUGGCCCUCUUGGCACUGUGGGUUCACAUAUUUCCAUAUCUUCGUAACGCACUCCUGGUGAUGUGCAUGUUAAUUUGUAGUUCGUUCUUGGCUCCAGUCUUCUGGCACUUGUGGAUUUACGCCGGUAGUGCAAAUGCCAACUUCUUUUUCGCCAUUACGCUGGCUUACUCCACUGCCCAGAUUCUACUGACUUCUGAUGUUUUUUUCGCCUUUCUGCGACGAGAGUACGAUCUUUAUCAUGGAGUAUAUCCACCUGUCAUAAAAGGAGAGCCUGCCUCUAUCACUCUACGGUAACAUAACUAUGGACACAUACAGGGUACAAAUGUGUAGAUGCAGCAUUUUAAAACGAGACACGUGCUGACUAUUAUCUUCAAAACGGACACUAACCUAAUCGCGCAUAGGAAGCUUUACAAGUGUACUGGUAGUACUGAACAUACAAGGAGAAAAACGUGGUUGUUUUUCAUCUACAGACAUAAACGUUUAUGUAAUAUAUGACAUCUCUGCCAUUGGAUUGUCUUUACUUUCUUUAAUGAAUCUUUAUGGAGGUCUGGAAUUGAGCGGAUCAGACGAGAAACGACAGAAUGGACGAGAGUUUAAGUAGAAUCGAAUCGUUCUAUCCAUCUAAGAAACAUAGAUUGUUAAACAGCUUCCCGUCGAUUCAUUUCCACGAAUGCGAAUUUGUUUGGUUUCAUCCGAAAGUUUGUGCUGCUGGACAGGAAAAACGAACACUGUAGGCACAAUGCAUAGAGGAAGAUAUGAUGCAACGUUCAUAUUUGGCGCAAGCGGCUCGAAGUUGAAGUUUUGAAAGUAAGACAGUUAAAAUAAAGGCGCUGUAGAGAUGUAUCAUUAGCCAUGUUUUACCUAUUUUUAAACAGUACCAUGGAUUCACGAUCAAGGAAAACUAAUGAACUAUGUUAUCGUUUAUGUUUUGAGUACAGUAUAUGUAAUAGUACUCUUUUGAAAAUUGCGAUAGAGUGAUUGAGUUUCUUUGGAUGAAAUAGUUUUAGUUCAUUCUGAUUCAUAGAUCAUCAGCACUUUACAAGUUUUUAGUGGUGGUUUUUUUUAACUACAGAUGGCCGAGUCUCAGCGUCAAAAUAAUGACCUUCAAAUAUGUCUAACGACGUUCAUUUCUGACACCUAUGUAGUCUACAGGCAGCCUAAGCUCCAGCUGUGAGAUGAUCACCUUGCGUAAUAAUAGUCAUGAUGAAAAUAUAAGAGUUUGUAUGGAAAUCUUAGGAAUAAAAAAAUACAGUCAAAUUCUCAAUAGAAA